AUGGUCAAGACACUUCCCUUCGGCGACAUCCAGAUCCCAACACCGGGCUUCGGUGCUAUGGGGUUGAGCCAUGGUUUGGGUAGCAAUCUGAGCCUCGAGGAAGCCGAACCAGUCUUGCUGAAGGCAAUUGAAUUGGGGUGCACAUUCUGGGACACUGCUGUUGUCUACCAAGCCGGUGUCAAUGAAAAGCUUUUGGGAGACUUCAUCAGGAAGCACAACAUCCGCGAUAAGGUUUUCAUUGCCUCGAAGUGUGGUUUCAACAUCAUUGGAGGGGAUGGCUCAAUCACCAACUCUGCCUCGCAUAUCAAGGAGUACAUAGAUGGAACCAUCGAGAGACUUGGCUUUACUCCUGAUUUGUACUAUCUGCACCGGAUUGAUCCCAACACGCCCCUCACCGAGUCCAUUCCGGCUCUUGAUGAAAUUCGCAAGGCAAGGAAGACCAAGUACAUUGGACUUUCGGAAUGUUCAGCUAGCACACUACGCAAGGCAAACUCAAUCGCCAAGAUUGAUGCUAUCCAAGCCGAAUAUUCAGCCUUUGAGACACUCCAUGAAACAGACGGCUUGAUCGAGACAACAAAGGAGCUGGGCGUGGCCUACGUCGCGUACAGUCCACUGGGACAUGGCUGGCUCGUCGAUAACUUCGAUUAUAACACCCCGGACGACUUUUCCCCAGAGGAUUUCCGCCGAACAGGUACCUACCCACUCACAAGCGUGCUAACCCUCGGCUGGCCAGAAUCGCUAACACAAUCCCUCUCGAUAGUUCCCAAAUUCCAAGGCGAGAAUUUCUAUAAGAACCGGGCCAUCGUCGAUGAAAUAAAGAAGCUCGCUGCGCGCAAGGGAUGCAAGAUUAGUCAAAUCGCGCUUGCUUGGGUCGCCUCCCGAGGACUUAUCCCCAUCCCGGGAACAACCAAGGCGGCCCGUCUGGAGGAGAACUGGGCAUCUCGGGAGAUUGAAUUGACCGAGGAGGAAAAGCAAGCAAUGCGUAAAAUUAUCGAUGCUGCUAAGCCACACGGCAACAGAUACGGUCACGCGCAUCAGGCUAUGGUUGGACAUUAA